AUGGCGCCGUACAGCUCUGAUCCCAGCUCUUUCCCCGAGCCAGUGGAUCUCACCCACUUCCUGUCCAGGAGCACCAAAGCGCGCGAGGCUUCCUCAAUCAAGCAAUUUUACAAGUACUUCCAGAUUCCUGGCAUUGCCCAGUUGGCCGGAGGCCUGCCCAACGACCACUACUUCCCAUACGACACGCUCGAGGCCAAGGUCGCACACCCGAACCGAUGGCAGCCAACACCAAACAAGCCCGUCGACCCGCCCGCCGAAGAUCCUCCGUCCGCCCAAUUGAACAAGACGUCUAUCUCAGGGCGUAAAGAGAAGGAGCCACCCGCGUCGCGACUUGUUGUACCCAAGUACUCCAACGUGCAAGAUCCCCUUCGCAUGAUUGAUCUCAAGUCCGCGUUACAAUAUGGCCAGGCAUUGGGAUACCCUGCCUUGUACCAGUUCAUCCGACAGUUCACGAGGGAGAACCUACAUCCAUUUGUGCCAUACAAGAACGGUCCUGAGGUCAUCUUGACCUGCGGCUCUACCGAUGGUUUCUCCAAAACACUGACCGCGCUCAGCAACGAGUGGUCAGCUGAUCAUGACCCUGUUGAUGAGAGGCCGGGUCUGUUGUGCGAAACCUACUGCUACAUGAACGCUAUCCAGACCGCUCGCCCGCGCGGCUUCAACAUUGCCCCCGUAGCUAUCGACGAUGAGGGUAUGAUGGCACACGGCGAAGGAGGUCUAGAGGACGUUCUGGACAACUGGGACUUCUCAAAGGGCCGCCGACCGCACAUCAUGUACACUGUGACUAUUGGACAGAACCCUACAUCAGGUACUCUGUCUGUACAAAGAAGAACCGAAAUCUACGCCCUUUGCGUCAAGUACGAUGUCAUUAUCGUAGAAGACGACCCAUACUGGUACCUGCAGUAUCCAUCAUCAUCGCCCAGCAGCGUUCCUCCAAAGCCCACCAAGUCUUCCGGGUUCGAAUUUCUCGACAGUCUGAUUCCUUCAUAUCUCAGCGUAGACUACCAAGGCCGUGUCGUACGUCUCGACACAUUCUCCAAGACUGUAGCUCCAGGGUGCCGUCUUGGUUGGAUCACCGCACAACCCGCGCUUGUAGAGCGUCUCCUUCGCAUCACCGAGACUUCGACUCAGCAACCCUCUGGUUUCGUCCAGUCUAUGAUUGCAGAAUUGCUCAUGGGCCCUCAGUCAUCAAAUGACCCUGGAAGAGGUGGCGCCGCCGAUGGCAGUGGCUGGAAAGUCGACGGAUGGGUGCGCUGGCUGGAAGGUCUUAGAGGAAACUAUGAGCGUCGCAUGUCGGCUAUGUGCGAUACACUCAAUGCUGGCAAGGAAGUCGUCAAGGCUGGGCGUCGGAGGAGCCUCGUUGAUGUUGUAGACGAAGAAGAGGACUGGGCUGUGGUCGAGAAGACAAACAUGUACUCAUUUGUUCGUCCUCUCGGCGGCAUGUUUGUCUGGGUGCGAUUCGACUUUUCGUCUCACCCACUCGCCAAGCAAGUACCUGCCGGUCGUCUUUCCAAGGCCCUUUGGGUGUUCUGGACGUCGAAGCCAUAUCUGUGCCUCGUAGCACCAGGUACCAUGUUCGCAGCUAACCAGGAAAUCAGAGACAACGACAGCUUCAACUGCUUCAGGUUGUGCUUCGCUGCUUGCCCCACGGAAGAUGUCGAUGAUAUCAGCAAGAGAUUUGUAGAUGGUGCACAAGCAUUCUGGAGGAUCAAGAGCAAGAGCAAGAUUGACAAACUACUCGAGGAUGAGGAGACCGCCAUCGCGGGUGUAGAUCACGUUGCGGGUAUGGCCGUGCUAACAGGAAUGUGUUGA